GGGACAGGGGGCCCGUCGAGGAGAGGAGGAUUUCGCGUCCGUAUACGUUUUCCGACGUGCGCUCGACGGAGAGGCUUCCGUAAUUGGACAACGUAACGUCGUUCGCCGUCGGAGGCCAUCCGUCGAUCUCUCUACCGCCGGUCUCCGUGUAGUUCUCUAUCUCUCGGACCCUCCUCUCUCUCGUUCGGUCUCUCGCCCGGUCCGCUCGCCCAACCCCCGUCGUCUUCGGGACGCCCGGUGUUGUAGCACCGCCGUACUCGCCUCGAUACGUAGAGACACGUAUAACGUCAAACUAUUUUUCGCGGUGCGCGAGAAAGGAGCGAGAGAGGGGUGCCCCGCUCCAUCUCCCCCAACUGGGUCUCGAGAAAGCAGACGAAGGGAACUUGACAACUUGGAGACGGACAGCCUUCAACGCGCGACAUCCCUUUCCUCCGAGGGACAGGCCUUCCCGGCUUCAGUCACGGGCGACGUCAAGGCGGUUCGCCUAUCACCGCAGUGGUAACAGCCCUCCAGGAUACUUCCGGGACUUGGAAUUCGAUUCGUCCGAGGCUAUCCCACGGCUCGUGGUACCCAGGAAUAUUGCUGGGGGAGUGUAACGAGUAACCAGCAAUGAGUACCACGGAGCCUACUGGGGAGGGUGGAGGAGGAGGGGGAGGAGGAGGAGAAGGAGAAAGCGCCACAAUGACUAAUGUCGAGCAGACUCCAUCCCCAAGUACGCCAAUUACUGGCACCUCCGUACCGAUGCAGGCGGCAGCUCAACAGCAACAGCAACCGCAACAACAUCCGCCACCGUCGCCCUUGAGUGGCUGCUACCUUCUCGUGGUACUUCCUGAGCCUCAUACCGCACAACAUAAGGACCUCAUCCUGAAUCGCCUCGCAAAAGGUUUUCUAUCAUGGGACAAGGACAGUUGUCACGUAGAUCUGGAGAAGGAAUUAUUGGCCUUAGUAGCGCAAGCCCCCGAAGGCGAAGAAGCCAGAAAUGGCGAAAGAUUGAUUCAAUAUGCCACCGAGAACCUCGUAACGGAAGUUCUCAUUCACCCACAGACGAAUACAUUAUUACAGUGUAUUCGCAAUCUCCUCGCAAGCUUCACGAAACAUCGGCACAUCAUACACGCUGGAUACACAUUCGGUGGUAAUGGUUCCUGGAUACUACAGGAUGGAACCUUCAGUCUCGCAGACUUUCUGGAUGCGUUCAGCGAACAUGAGGUGCAAAGAGUCCUUCGUGCCUACGAGAAUAGCGUUACCGUAGAUAUACAUUGCGCGGGUGUCGGCGAUUGGACGACAAAUCGAUUGUCGAAAGAGGCUUGUUGCAGAUCUUGCAGAGUCAGAGUAAACCCCGACGAUGUUCUCACAGCCGGCGUGCCAGCUAUCAUGAGUUUUACUAAUUACAUCGGACAGUACCUUGUGUCGCAAACACUGGAUCAGCUCAUGGAACCGUCCGACGUCGUUGGAAACAUUAGAUUUAGCCAUCCAACCUUAUACGUCUUCCCCGGUGGGCAAGGUGACGCCGCGCUUUUCGGUAUAAACGGCUUCAACAUGCUCGUCGACGGCGGCUUUGCUAGGAAAGCAUGUUUUUGGGAUUUCACCAGGCAUCUCGACCGAUUGGAUGCUGUUCUAGUCACUAGGAUAAAUAAUAGUAACAUCGGAGGCAUGUUUAGCGUUCUUCGCAAGAAGAAGGAGAUGCACGUCUAUCCUCAGAUCGGCCAUUUCUUCUGUAACUUAGUCGAAAGAAGACAAUCAAAUUCACCCGACGGCGAUAAGGACAUUGAUCCGCUCAUUUUCAAUCUCACUGAUAUUGGACAAGAGAUGGUGAUGAAUCUUCGACACAUUAAUCUUCGCGCCCAUCCUUGCUACAGAGAUCCCGAUCCGAUCAACCUCUAUCAUAAGGUGGGCCACGGCACGCUGGAUAUGUACGUGCUCAGCCCGAGCAAGGACAGUCGCGAAGUGCGCGAAUUCUUGGCGAAGUGGCACACGUCAGAUUCGAAGCUGUUUGCAGGUUCUCAUAAGAAAGAUUCGAACAAUCUCACAUUCCCGAUACAGAAUCUUGUGUCGAUAUGCGCGCUUCUAGUUUGGCAACCGGCCAAUCCCGAAGAUAACAUCACGCGGAUUCUCUUUCCCGGUAGUACGCCGCAACAUAAAAUCUUCGAAGGUUUUGAACGAUUAAAACAUUUGGACUUUUUAAAGCAUCCAGUAUGUUCAGCGAAGACUCUGUCACCGUCAGUGUCUUUAGCGACACUCAGAGAUAAGCCAACCAAGCAAAAACUUAGUCUUAUCGAGAGGGAACCCAAGAAAAUUUUGGAGUCAAAGAAAGAGAAGAGAGAACCAUCGGAGCCCAAGUCCAUCAAGGCCGCAGACGAGACUAUACCCAAGAGCAUCCCUCAAUCGACAAUUAUACCUGCUAGUAAACCUAAGACCGAAACGAAGACGAAGAAAGUUGUGGAAAAUAAGAAGAUCGAGACUGAGGCAAAAGAGAAGAAAAUUGAAAAAGAACUGAAAGAGGUGAAAAAGGAGCCCAAGAAAGUGGAGAAGCCCGAAAAACGAGAAGACGAUGUGAAAAAGACUGAUUUAAUCAAAGCGGAGCCCGAGAAAAUUAAGGAACCUAAAGAACCUAAAGAAUCUAAGGAACCUAAGGAACCAAAGCCCAAGCCAGAACCAAAAAAGAAAGAACCAAAAGAAAGCAAGGUGAAAGUUGAGUUGAAGAAAAGCGAAGUAACUCCGAAGCCGAAGUUGAUUGAGAAAAAAGCCAAACCUUCUGGUGCAGAGAAAAGAGACGCUGUGAAAUCCUCCCCGACUACUCCGAAGAAGACUCUGAAUGGUGCUGCAACAAAGACAGAGAUAUCGAAAGCUGUACCGAAAGUGAAACCGGCGGUCAAGGUUGCUCCAAGUCUUCCAGCCAAGAGUGCUAAGGAAGCUAACAACAGGAAAGUAGUGGAACAGAAGAAAUCUGAAGUCGAGAAGUCUGCCGUGAAGGAUUCUGCAGCGCCAAUUGUCAAGGUGACCGCAAAACCUAAACCAAUGGACAGGAAGCCGAUCAGUCGUCGCGCGAAACCGGUUAGUCCCAAUAAAGCCCGUAUUCCGGGUAGUCCGGCGAAAUCUACUCGCAGUACUCCAACCGCUUCUGUAAAAUCGGACAAAGACGGUGUUAUUCGUAAAGUGAAGGGCGACAAAGGCACUACCGAUUCAUCCACGGUUUCCACUCCAUCUGGCAUAGAACCAGAAGUUGUAAAACCGAUUGAUAAGAGCUUAAUUGAACAAUCUGAAGAUAUAUCAUUAGAUUCAAUAGAAAGUAAAGUAUUGGCAGAUCUCAAAGAAGAGCGAGAGGUAGUGGAAGAAAUUGAAGCUGUUUUACAAAAGGCGGAAAGAAUCGAAGAAAUCCGAAAGGACGAUCGUUUUGAAGGUGAUGAUGAAAUCACGGCUGAAGCCACUGAUAAGAAAGAGGAGGAUAUUACAGAAGAGGAUGUGACCGCCGAGAUUGAAGAUGUACCUAAGAAGGAAGGUUCUAGAAAAGAAAGUCAGGAAUUGACUGAAGAGGACGAAUAUCUUAUUGUGGAGAAAGAAGAGGUUUACACCGAAGAUUCUGCUCAGAGCGGCGAAGGCGAACAAAAGCACGUUCUUGACGAAGCUCAGUCGGAAAAGGCAAAAGUACUAAAAGACGUGGAGGCAAUGAAGGAAAAGGGCGAGAAGGAGGAACCUGAGGAGAAGGAAAAAGAUGAUAGUCCGGAAAAAAAAGUAGAAAAGAUUUUGGAUAAAGGAGAGAAAGAAAUCGCUGAGUUAUCUUCGGAGCAUAAGGAACAAUUACAGGAAGAAGUAAAAGAGAUAAUUGCAUCCGCAGCCGAAAUCGUACAGAAAGUCGAAGAGAAGGACGAUUCCGGUAAAAAAGACAGCGAGGACGUCACGAAAGAACCAUCCAGUUUAAGUCCGGACAAAUUAGAUUCAUCGGAGAAAAAAACAACCGAUACGGACAUAAAGCCGGAUGUCGAUCAGAAAGAGAAUAUUCUCGAAAAGAUGGAAGAGUCUCAGGAGCGAAUCUCGACAAUAGAAUCGGGGGCCACUACAACUGCUCCGACUUUACCAGAAGACGAGCGAAUACCGUUGGAUGAAAUAAAAGAGGAUAUUGACGAGAAACAUGUUAUUGAAGAAGUAAAAGAGAAGGAUGCUCCUGCAAAGCUGAAAAAGGAAGUCAUUCCGGAAACUGUUAUCGCGGCUGCCAAGCCGGAAGUCAAAGUAUUUGAUGUUCGCCAGGCAAUGCCGAAUUUGCAAAGAGACAUUGUUAAAACACCAGACGAGGUCGCUGAUCUUCCGGUUCAUGAAGAAGUCGAUCCUAAGCUCUACAGGAUGGAAGAUUUCGAGAAGGGAAAAGAGGAGAAACUAUCGCCAACUGCGCAAGAAGAUAAAAAAUCGCCCACUCCGCCUGCAAAAGAGCAGAAGGGUGUUUUUAGUUUCUUUGGCAAGGUAGCGGAUAAAUUUGAAAAAGGUAUCGAUAAAUUGACCAAGAAAAAGAAGGAUUCUGAGAAGGAUUCCGACGAAAAAUCUUCCUCAAAAUCAAGUUCCCCAAAAGAACCAAAAGUGCAAGAGAAGACGGUCUUGGAAGAGGUUGAUAUAGAGAAGGUAUUCCCUAAAAUUGGCAAGGUCGUUGACAAGCCCGAGACAUUCGAAGAGGUGAAACCUACUACUGUUGACGUGAAAGUAGCUGCCAUCAAGGAAACCUCGGCAUUUAUACAGGAAGAGAUAUUGGAUGCACAGAGGAAGAGUGUGCCGGAUAUCGAAGAAAAGCUUCCUACUGAUAAGUUAGAUGAAAUUAAAAAAGUAGAAGCCAAAAUCGAGGAAUCAUUUCUUGCAAAAGACGUAUCACCAGGCGUCGUUUCACCAACAAAAUUAAUUGAAGACAAGGAAAUUGCGAAGGAAAUUGAACUUUUGAAGGAAGAAGAUAUCGGAGAAGAUGUAGAAGAGGUAAAGGCACUUUUGGAAGAAGCUUCGAAAAAAUUCAAAACUGUGAAAGAUAGUUUAAGAGAUUCAUUGGAAUCUUUGGAAGAUAAAAUUAAAGAAGAGAUAGCUGAGAUACAUGAAACGCCAUCCGCUCUGAAAGAUAUAGUAAAGGAUACUUUGGAAGGGGUGGCUGAGAAAUUGGAAGAAAUAAAGCCACAUAUCGAGAGCCACUUGCCCGACAUAAAAGAACCGGAGAAAGUCAAGUUUGCUAUACCAAAAGAUGAAGAAUUCGAAGAGGAAUACGAAGAGGAAAUAGAGGGUCCAUAUAGAGACAUGAAAGAAGCUGUUAGGGAUGUCGGAGAAGUCCUUGCUGGCACUGCCGGUAUCGAGCUCGAAGAUAAACCCAAGGAUGUCAUAGAAAUUGUGAAGAAAGUUGCCGAGGUUCUCAGAGAAGACGAUUUUCUUUUCGACAAAACGUUAUUCGAGCAAGCUCCUAAAAAAGAAGAGAUUUCACCGAUUUCGACGGACAGAAAAUCAUCGAAAGAAGAAAUCUCUCCAAUUUUGACGGAAAGAAAGCCUUCUAUAUCAAGUGAAAAAAUAUCUCCAGAGAAGGUUGCUAAAAUAGAAGAAGAGGAUCUCAAACUUGCUCACGAGGAUAUUGUGAUGCCAAAGAAAGUUGAUGUUACUGAAGUAUUCCCUGUUCAUAAAGAGCUUGAGAAAUUUGAAAAGCCCGACAAACUUCCAUACGAGAAACCUGAUACUCUCGAGGUAAAAGAAGAACCUUGUGUAAAAGUGGUGAAAGAAAAGGACGAUAUAAUAACAUCGCCUAUAAAGGACGUGGCAAAAGAUAAACGAGAUGCGCAAAAAAUUUGUGAGGAGAUAUUAAAAGAUGAUCAACAUAUUUGCGAUCAACAUAAAAAACCAACGGACGAUGAUACAUCUCGAGUAGAUGUAAUGCAGGCUGGUAUCGAGGACGUAUGCGUGAAAGAAGUAGCAAAACGGCCAUCUUUCGAGAAGAAGCUGGAGGACGAGAUAGAAGAAUCCGUGAUCGGCUUCGAGCAAAAGAUUUCGCCGGCGAAGGCGGAGAUAGUGCUGGUGACUCCUGGUUCUACGCCAACUUCGCCAAAAUUUGUCACGGACAAGAUAUAUGACGAAGGACUAGAAAUUGGUUAUCGUGAAUUGCCAGAGGAUAUCAAGCAAAUUCUCAGCAAGGAAGUACCAGUUGAAGAAAUAAUCGAGGAAUUGAUUAUCACAAGAAAGAAGAAGGUUACUAUCGAAGUGAUCGAAUAUAUCAUCGUAACGAAGCGCAUCCCGAGAGAAAGGGUGAUUUACAUUAUCGAAGAGAUUAUCACGAAGAAGGGACUUCCCAGAGAAAGUGUGAUAGACGAUCCAGAGAUUCUGAGGCUGAAGGAAUAUAUUACACUUGAAAAGAGAAUGGAGAUCGAAGAAUAUAUCCUUAACGAAUAUAUUGUUAAAGGAAAACAAAUUACCAUAGAAAUCGUUCAAGAAAUCUCUAUUAAGAAAGUUGUGCCUAAAAAGAUUGUCAUCGAAAUUAUUGAAGAGAUCAUUGUUAAGAGAAAACUUGCUAGGCAUAUGAUAUUAAACGUUCCUGAAGAAGUAUUAUCGGAAAUAAUUCAAGAGAAAUCGCCGGAAGAUUCGUCAGAACAAUCAGCAGAGGAACAGAUAACAGAGGAACAGAAAAUAGACAUACCUGUGAAACAAGAAUUCGCUGCUGAAGUUCCUGAUGCUCCAACCGGAGAAGAAAAACUGACCGAUGAAGGCGUGUUUAAGCCUAUUGAGGAAUUUAUCGUUAAUGAGUAUGUUACUAAAGGGAAAAAGAUUACCGCAUCGACAAUCGACGACAUUUCUAUUCAAAAGACAGUGCCCAAGCAAAUUCUUAUUGAAAUUAUCGAAGAAAUUAUUAUUAAAAAAAAGAUUCCCAGGAACACGGUACUUGAUAUUACGGAGGAAGAAUUAUUAGCAAUUUCUAAAAAGACACCCGAAGAUGAGAAAGAAAAAUUAGUCGCUGAGACACCUAGCGUUCUGAAGACAGAGAUUCCAGAAACGGAAUCGAUAACUUUGCAAGAAAGAGCAGAAGUUGAAGAAUAUAUUAUUAACGAAUAUAUUACUAAGGGAGAUAACAUUAAUAUUAAAAAACUUGAAGAAAUAUGUGGUAAAAAGAAGGUGCCUAAGAGAAUCAUUAUUGAGAUUAUCGAAGAAAUUAUCAUUAACAGAAAAAUUCCGAGACAUACAAUACUUAGUGUAACCGAUGAAGAAUUAUCGCAUAUUAUUAAGGAGGAAGCAAUUCUAGAGCGACCAGAGUCGCAAAUACUGACUGAGAAAACGAAACCGAUCGCAGAAGUGUCCAGCACUGAAGAGAAAAAAAGUCCAAUUGAGUUAAAAAAAGAUAAGAAAGAAGAUGUGCUUGAGCAAGAAAUGAGCGCUGAAGAGGAGUUAUCGGUCACAUCCGAAGAGGAGGACGUUGAGAAGGAAGUGGAUGGAUUUGUUAGUAUACCCAGAAGGAUUUCCGAUACAGCUGAUAUAAAGAAGAAAGCGAUUUCAGAGAUUCCGUCUUCAGUUACGAAGGAACAUGAGAAAGACGUGAUUGACGACUUCGAAGCUGUCGAGCAGGAAUAUAAAGUACGUGAUGUACAAUCUCCCGAGAAAGCGAGCGAGAUGAAAGAAAAAGAAGACAUUGAAGAAUCUGUGGAAGAUACCACAAGUGAAGUGAUCGAAGCAGACGAGAAGUUCGUGCAAGAAACCAAAGGGAAGGUGGGAAUAGAAGAGCUUCAAAUUGCAAAGGAUAUUAAACCAAUUGAUGAGAAACGAGAACUUGUAGAACGGGAAAUAUCCGAAAUAUCGGAAAUUGUCGAUACUACUGAGAAAUAUUUAGACGAGGCUAAAGAAAAGACAGAUAACACUCUUCAGAAAGAGACUGCUACAACAUUGACGCCAUCAAUCUCCGACAAAGUAGAAAAGCCUUCAAUCGAAGACUCAAGUAAGGAAACAUCCAAAAAUUUCUCCGAUAAACGACCAUCAAUUGACGCACCAGAUAUUUCUAAAUCAAUUACACCAAGCUCAAAAAUAAUUGACGAGAAACUUGAAAUGAAAGAGAUUGAGCCUGCGGUUAAAGAAGAAAUCGAGGAACUACAACUUAAAAAAGUUGCUGAAGAAGUGAAAACAGAAACAAAGCUCGCAGAUGCAACAGGUUUCACACAAGAGCCGAAAGUAGAAUUACUUGAAGACGACAAGAAAUCUAAACCAUUAGAGACCACAGAAAUUAAAGAAGCUCCAAUAACUAAGGAAGAGAAGAGCCCUCAAGAAACAUUAGCAGCAAAUAUACCAAAACCAUUUGACGAUGGAACUGUUAAAAGGAUGCUGGUUACAGCAUGUAGCGAGGAUGGUAGAGAGGAAACUGAGAUCUGUCCAAACGGCAGCAUAACUUUUACGAAAACCGUCACUCCAGAUGAUUCUCUUAAGGAUGUAUCUGCUAAAUCUACACCAGAUAAAGAUUCAUUACUUUUAGAUAAAGACUCGCGUUCGGACAUAAGUACUCCCGAAAAGGAUAGUAUUUCCGAAAAAUCUGCGCCAGAAGGUAAGGAUAAGAUUACUCCGGAAGACAGCUUGGAAAAGUCACCUGCUGGUCCUCGUGAUUCACAGGAUCUUGAAGACAGUUUGGAAAAAUCAGAAUUGCAUAAGCCAAAGGUAUCACAGGAAUUAGAAGAUAUUACAAAAUCUCCUGUGGAAAAAGACUUGGAGGUAUCAGAUAAAAUUGCCGAAAAAGAUAUUCCGAAGUCGCCUAAAAAGGAACAAGUGGAACCGAAAUCUUCGACUAAGGAAGAUACAGAAAAAAUUGAAAAAGUGAAAUCUCCAGCUGAAGAAAAGAUCGAAAAACCUAGUUCUCCAGUUGAAAAAAUCGAAAAAUCACGAUCUUUUUCACCUCUUGAUACAACAACGCAGAAAUCUUCAAUAGAAUUAGCUGAAAAAUCAAAAUUUCCAAUCGAGAAGAUGCUUCCAGAACCUAAGAAAGAAGAAGCGAUUAGUAUUCCAAAGACACCUGAAUCGCUCCAUUCAGAGGACGUUUCACCAGCUGAGACAAUUUUCUCGAAGUCACCCACAGAUAAAUCUGAAAUGUAUUUUGCAAAGGUACCUAUUACCGAAGAAGAUAUUGCUAUUGAAAAAGACAUAAAAAAAUUACCUGAAUCUAUUAAAGAAAUUAAACCAGCCGUAGACAAAGAAUUACCAAUAUCUUUAGAAAAAUCCGAACAAGAUAUUAAAUCUCUCGAUAAAUCCCCUAGUAUUUUAAGUGAUAAAGUCGAUGAGAAAGAAACUGAUAAGUUGAAAUCGCCUAGUAUUAUGGAGAAAGAAACGAUAAGUGAAAAGUUGCCUAUUUUCGAGAGUGAACAUUAUGACGAAAAGGGACCAAUUGACGAAGCUAGAUCUCCAAGCGCGAUUAGCGAUAAAUCCGACGAGAAGAAAGAGGCCGAACGUUCCAAGUCACCGAGCAUAGCUGCGGAUAAGCCGGACCUUCAAGAUGUGACGGAACGUUAUUUAGAGAAACCAAAAUCUCCUAUUUUUGAUAGGCCAGAUUCGCCUAAAGCUAUUGAUAAGACUGAAGAAUCACAUGAUAAAGAUAGAUCUCCCAGUGUAGCUAGUGAUAAAUCAGAUAGCAAGAAAGUAAGUGACCGUUCUAGAUCACCAAGCGUUUCUGUAGAAAAAGUAGAUUUCGAGAGAACCCGAUCGCCUAGUGUCACAAGUGCUAAAGACGACAAACUGGAACAGUCUCCAGUAGCGAAAUCACCUGAAAUAUCAAAAGAUGUGUUGAAAUCUCCGAAACUUGAAGAAGAUAAAUCGGAUUUGAAAGAUAUAAUGCAACCUCCAUUAGACAAAUCACGAUCACCGAGUGUAACAAGCGGCAUUAGCGAAUCUAAAGAACCAGAUCGCUCAAAAUCACCCAGUAUCGCCGGCGAAAAACCUGAUAUGAAGGAUGUGACGGAUAUAUCGAUGGAGAAGUCAAGAUCUCCAAGUGUCAUCAGUGUUACGAGCGAGCAAAAAGAACCAGUUGAUCGCAGCAAGUCUCCGAGCAUCGCAGGAGAAAAAAUAGACUUAAAAGAUGUUGCAGAACCUGCAGAUCGGUCCAAAUCGCCAAGCGUAACUGAAGAAAAACCAGAUUUGAAGGAUGUCACCGCAGAGAAAUCGAGAUCUUCUAGUAUUACAGGAGAACAAAAGGAAUCGCUUAAUCGUUCUAAAUCUCCGAGUAUUGCUGGAGAGAAACUGGAUUUAAAGGAUGUCAUAGAACUAUCUGAUGAAAAAUCAAAAUCAGCAAUGAGUGCUAUGACUGAUUCGAAGGGACUCGAUGAUCGAUCGAAAUCGCCGAGCAGUACUGAUCUAACGGAUAUUACAGAACAAUCGUCGCUGGAUAAAUCCAAGUCACUUAGUGCCACGAGUAUUACGUCUGAUCAGAAAGAAUCAGUAGAAAAAGCAAAAUCGCCAAUUCCGGAUAAGAAGGAAGAACCUGACAGGAGCAAAUCUCCAAGCAUAACAAGUGAAAAGUCUGAUGAGAAGAAAUCUGUCGAUGGCUCGAAAGCGACCAGUGUUACGGAGGAAAAACCAGAUUUUAAAGACGUGAUGGAACCACCAGUCGAUAAAUCUAGAUCAUCAAGUAUUGCGAGUGAGAAAGCGGAAUUAUUUGAAAAAUCGACAUCGCCUGUUCCUGACAAAUUAGAACCACCUGUUGAUCGAAGCAAAUCUCCCAGUGUUGCUAGUGAUAAGUCCGAUGAGAAGACAUCGGAUGACAAGGGUAGUGUUAAAGAAUAUUAUGAAAGUACUGGUGACAAAUCCCCAAAUUUCGUCGACGUGAAAAUACCGCACGAAAAAGCUAUGGAGGAGAAACCUUCAACAGUUUCCGGAAAAAUGGACAUUAAGUCAGACGAUAUUAUAUCGCAUGACAGACCGGUAUCUCCAAGCAUUGUUUUUGAUAAGCCGAUAGAUGACAAUAAACAGCCAAUAGAGAAAAUAGAUGUCGACGGAUUAAAAACGUCUGGCGUAAUCGGCGAUUCAGAUUUUGUCGAUAAAACAAGAUCAUUAAGCAUUAUCAGUGAUAAGACAGAACCGAAAUCACCAUCUGAUAUCUCAAAGUCACCGAGUUUAGUCGACGAUCAAAAGGAUAAGUCUAGAUCAUCCAGUGUUGCCAGUGAGAGACUUGAUGAUAUUAAAGUUUCGCAAAUACCAGAAGCAAAGGGAGAACGAUCAAUUUCGCCAAGUUUAAUCGACGAUCAAAAGAACAAGUCUAGAUCAUCCAGUGUUGCCAGUGAGAGGCUUGAUGAUAUUAAAGUUUCACAAAUACCAGAAGCAAAGGGAGAACGAUCAAUUUCGCCCAGUUUGGAUACCGGAAAGAUCCCAAAAGAUGAAUCUGCUAAAUCGUCGCGAGCUAGUUCGCCAGUGGAUAAAACUCCGAAGGAUAGAUCACGUUCGCAAAGCGUCUUUGAUGCUGGUGAGAAAACACCGGCCAGAUCUAGAACAGCCAGUUUAUUCGAUGACAAAUUAUCAGAGAAGCCACUUUCUCAAGAGGAAAAACAUUUCGACACGGAGAAACCACUUGACGAGAAGGAUGAAUGUAAGAAAGAUAGUAAGAGUCCUAUAACUUCUCCUGAGACAAUCGAGAAAAAAAUGCAGAAGAUCCGCGAGAAACGAUUUGCCGAUUUUAAAGAACCAGAUGUCGGACAGCCGAGCAAGGUAGAGAAAUCAGACGAUGAAGAAGAAGAAGAUGUUAUUAAAGUGACAGCUGAGAAGAAGGCGGAGAUCGAGAAAUACAUCUUAGAUGAGUUCAUCGUGAGGAAAAGAAAGAUCAGUCUGACGGUAAUCGAGAGAUUAGUUAUGACGUAUUCGGUGCCCCAGUUUAUAGUGAUGGAGAUAAUAGAGGAUAUUAUUAACCGGCAAAAUAUGCCUAGAAGUGCAGUCUUCGAUUUCGUAGACGACGAAGCCUCCUCCAAGCCUCAAUACAGAAAAGAAUCCGAAACGGAACCGCUGGCACCGCAAGAAAGAGCGAAAGUAGAAGAAUAUAUUAUUGAAGAAUUUAUUAUAAAAAAUAAGAAGAUUACGCCGGAAGCCUUGGAAGAAAUGGUCAUUGUUAAAUCUGUGCCGCGAUACAUUCUCAUUACAAUUAUUGAAGAGAUCAUUAUGAAGAAAAAGAUACCUAGGAAUACCGUAAUUGAAGGAGACUUAGGAGAACCGGGAGAAAAAGAUCUGGACAUUUCUGAAAAAAGAGAGAAGCCUGUCAUGCCAGCUAGCGUGGAUUUCGAAAAAAUAACUCAAGAUGUUACUCAAGAGGACAUUCACGGUCAUGAAAAAUCAAGCGAUACUACGAAGGGCGAAAGUCUGGAUGGCAAAAUAUCUCCUGUAGGGAGCGAUCGAUAUGGCAGGGAUUCGAAAGCGGCGCUUUCUGCUAGCCCCAGCUUAAGUCCGGAACCUAUUCCUUCCGACAAAUCAACUCAGGAUAGUCCAGCUCGAUCAGAGCCGCAUAUAGAUGAGGAGAUCCUGAUAUCGGAAGAGAAGCGAAUGGAAAUCGAAAAACUCUUGGAGGAAGAAUAUAUAAAAAAAGGAAAGAAAAUUACGGAAGUGAUACUCGAAGAGAUAAUUAUCAUGACUUCUCUACCCAGGUAUAUUAUCCUAGAGAUAAUAGAGGAAAUUAUAUUAAAGAGGAAGAUCCCAAGAGAAUCUGUGAUCGAUGUGGAAAUUUAUCAAGAGGAAGAACCAGAAGACUACGAUAAGGCAAUGUAUCAUUACGAGAGAAGAUUAAGGGUAGAUUACGAACUGCCGCAUGAUGCUAGAGGUAUGUAUUCGGAAUCGGAUGAGCAACAGUUGGACAAAUCCGAUUAUCCACCGGAUUACGAGAGCCAGUUUCACAAGGCCUUCGUUGGUGGUAUGACGGAGAUGCGAACGACACAUAUAACCACAUUGUCUGGAAAAUCGACCCCGGAAUUUACACAUGACGCUGCUUCCAAAAUCGAACCAACCGGUAAAGUGCCUGAAAAGUUAUCGGAAUCUACUUUGACCACGACUCACAUAACGAAAACAGAUGUGGAAGACACGAAGGCUGUGCAAUCUGCUCAAACUGUUACGAUAUUGAGAGAAAGCAAGAUUGCGGAAACUGUCGAUAAAGAUAAACCUGAAGAAACUGCGGGGAUAGUUACAUCCGAUCAUGCAGCCGAAUCUGAUGACGACGUUAUUGUAAGUAAGACGACAAUCAAACAUGAAGUGAUUAAAGAGAAGGAAUCUGGGAAGACAACUAAAGUCAUGAAAGAAAUUGAACCACAAGAAACAAUCAAAGGAAUUAAACAGUCGAGUAUUCAACAAGAUGAGCCUGAAGCGAUUACCAAGAUUAUUAAGAAGGAAAUUAUGGAACAUGACGAGCCGGAAGUAGUCACUAAAGUUGUCAAACGCGAAAUUAUUGAGCAAGACGAGCCUGAAAUUAUCACAAAAGUGAUCAGACGCGAGAUUGUUAUCCCUGAUGAAGAAACCAGUGACUCGAAGGAAGAUUCUGACGAAUAUAUGAAGACUAUUACAACAACAACAACGCGAACAAUUGUGACAGAGGAAUUAGCAGAUACCGAAUUAGCGCAAGUUGAUCCUUCGAAAAUUUACACAGAUUCUACCUCAGGUUCAACUUACAAGGUUGUGAGCGACGAAGGUGCGUCUGACGCAGCCAGCGCCGAUAUAAAGCGAAUCGUGACGACUGUAACCACGAUUACUGGACCGGACGGAAAAGUUACCACAAAGACAGACGUCAAAGAGAGCACGGACACUUUGGCCGGCGAGGAAUUAUUAGAAAAAUUGACGGAAAGUACCAAACCUGCGGAAAAAAUUAUCAAGGAAACGAUUACGACUGUGACAUCGGGCACUACAACGCCCGAUGUAAAAGCCUUUUAUUCCGAUUCCGGUAAAUCAACACCUGACCUUAACCAUAAAGCUAAAUAUAUUGAAUAUCUACAACAUCUUGAACAUGAAGCUGAAGAAAUUGAACAUCUACAACACCUUAAGCAUGAAGCUAAACAUAUUGAACAUCUACAACACCUUAAGCAUGAAGCUAAAGAAAUUGAACAUCUACAACAUCUUGAACAUGAAGCUAAAGAAAUUGAACAUCUACAACACCUUAAGCAUGAAGCUAAACAUAUUGAACAUCUACAACAUCUAUCUACAAUAACAGAACGCUUAGACGCAGACAAAUUUGAACAUCCGGUGUCUCCUUUGAUACGAGAACUUAUAACUGAUGACAAAAGUUAUUCGGGUAAGUCUUCACCAGAUAUAUCGUUGCCUAAGGAUAUCGUCUUCAGUGGCAAAUCUACGCCAGAGGUUCCUACGUCGCCGUUGAUCAGAGACGGUGCUGUAGUUCAACCUCACGUAUCGGGUAGAUCGACGCCCGAUAAAAGACCCGAUUGUCGAUCCUCUACGAGCACACCGGAAGGAUUUAGAUCGGGCGAGAUGAUCCGAACUAUCGUUACGACUACAAAGACGGUAUCCGACGAAGGUGAAAUAGUAACGACCACCAGGGAGGUCACAGAAACGACAAAUGAGAAAGGCGAGACAGUUGUGUUGGCGGAAAAGACUGAUGUGAAGGUAGACGAACGUCUGCCAAGUAAAGAUGCCGCAGAAAGUGCGAUCAGUAGCAUUAUCGGCAGCAUUAAAUCUUCGGAAUUGCAACGUGGAGGAUCCGACGACGUAAUUAGCGAAAAAGAUCGUGGUCCAGCCAGUCCAUCGAGUGAACAUAGUAGCACACGUAGUAAAGUCAUGACACAACCAUGGGGUAGCAGCGAAGAACGACAUACUUAUUCUGACGAUGAACCACCCAGUUCGUCUCUUUCUUCAACUUCGCAAGUCGGAUAUUCACCGCAAACAACGCAUCGCUAUGAAUCAUCUUCUGAUAAACGAGAGGAGCAGAAACAAGUGGAAUUCUCGAUGGCCGCGAUGAGCAGCAGCUUCUACGGUGAGCUGCCAGCGGUACCGCCUCAGAUAUCUGCUAUGAAAACCUUCCACGGUGAGACUGGUAUGCAGAAAAGCAGUGAUCCCAUUCACAGUCGAUUCACAGUAGAAAAGGAGCCCGCCGGUGAUUACGGCGAAAAACCGGACGCAAAGAGAUAUGUCGACGAGGCCGAUCUUGAUUUUGAUAAAGCUCUGAUGGAUAAAGAGAUGAAGGAGCCCGGAGGGACCUUCAGCAGCGGAAUAGCGCCCAGGUACACGAAUGGUAGCCUUCGUCAUGAAGCUACCGACGAAAAAGAUCAUCCAUCAUCUUCGUUCCGGGAUGAUAAAGAUGAUUCAAAGGGUGACUCGAAAAAAGAUCCUUUGGAGGGAUGGGGAACCCCUCUUGGGCUGCCGUCUCCUAAACCGCCCAAAAAGUUUAAUCUGAAGAACUCUGCUCAAUCUCCAUCGUGCUCAAGUGAGGCAACUUCCGAUACUUUGAAUUUCGAUGUUGUAAAAAAUUGGGGAGAACCUCUUAGGCUGCCUUCUCCCGCACCAGUGACCAAUGAGAUAUCGAACAAGGGAGCACCUAGUACACCGAAAAAAGAACGGAAACAAGCGAAGAAGAUUCAGUCGGAGAAUAUCAAGAACAAAAAACGUUCGGAAAGCCCCGGUAAGAACGAGAAGAAGAUGAAAGAUUCAAAGAAUAAGGUCCAACCGGUUUACAUGGAUUUGGCGUAUGUGCCCCAUCACGGAAAUUCGUAUUACACAUCCUUAGAAUUCUUCAAGAGAGUGCGAGCGAGAUAUUACGUUUUUAGCGGCACCGAGCCCAGCCGGGAAGUCUAUGACGCUCUAUUGGAAGCUAAAAAGACUUGGGAGGACAAAGAUCUCGAGGUAACCAUGAUUCCGACCUACGACACCGAUACUUUGGGCUAUUGGGUCGCCGAUAACGAGGAAGCGCUCGCGGCGAACCACAUAGAUCUAUCGCCGUCCGCAUCCAGGUGUACUAUCAAUCUCCAGGAUCAUGAGACUAGUUGCAGCGCCUACAGGCUCGAGUUCUAGGGAUUGGCAGCCUGCUCAGCCGUAAUAGUCGAGUUCUGAGCGGCAUCCGGAAUGCGUUAUCAUUCUGCAUUUUCGGAUCCAUUUCUACAAGAGAAAAAAAAA